GCCUUGGGGAGAGCGGAGCCAACUCCCAGGGGAGGCAGGCAAGGCCAGAGGCAGGCAAGGCCAUGGGAGCUGAGGGAGAGAGAGGAGCCGGGAGCUGGGAGUGAGCGUCCCAGCCUGACUUCUUGAGUGGGAGCCAAGAAUUCCCCAGAUAGCGGGUUGUCGGCUCAUUCAUUCCGAGAGGUGGAUAUGUAAGGUUCAGGUCGGGGGCCGAGGAGUCAAAUAUCUAGGUCUGAAUCCCGGCACUACCACCUAUUAUGAGCAAAUCCUUUAUCUCUUUAAACUUCACUGUCCCCGCAGUAAAUGGAGACAGGAAGAGUUAAUAAGAAGGUGUGGGAAAGUGAGAGGAGACACGAGGACUCUUGGGAUAAGUAUGGAUGAUCAGUUUCGCCCUCAGUUUAGGGACAUGGGAGCUGGGGCAGAGAGACAGAGGCCUGGGAGAAGGGGCCGGCUGUGUGGGGGCGCAGAUCUUCGCCCCGUGGGCUUCUAAGCUGGGCUUGGGACCCACGAGGCUCCCCGUGCUUCCUUUUUAGGCCCCCUGGGGCCCUGCCCCACAGCAUCAUGAUGGGGAAACUUCCCCUGGGGGUCGUCUCCCCUUAUGUGAAGAUGAGUUCAGGGGGCUACACGGACCCCCUGAAAUUCUACGCCACCAGCUACUGCACAGCCUACGGUGAGGGCACCUUUGCGCAGCAGCUUCCCCCAGGACAUUGGCGGGAAGGGAGGGAGCAACCUGUCACGCUGAAUCCGCUUGCAAAGCUCUUGCCCGUGGCUCUGAGCCCUCUCCUGUCACUGGGACCCGUGUGCCCCUCGGAGGACGCUGGCCCUGCCUGGGAAGCCCUGCCUGUUUUUGACCUUGGGGUCUGUCUCCUCGUUGCCCCUCUGGCAGGUCGAGAGGAUUUCAAGCCCCGUGUGGGCAGUCACACAGGCACCGGCUACAAAUCAAAUUUCCGGCCCGUGGUCUCAUGCCAAGCCAGUCUGGAGGCCUUAGACAACCCGGCCAGGGGGUACGGUCUGUACGGCUCCUUCCCAGCCCCUGCCCUGAUCAUCAGACCAACUCCAGGCUCCGUGAAUGGGGACCCUGAGCUUUGCCUGCUCCUCCUCACCCUCAGGGAACAAGCCCCGGACCAUUUCCAGUCUGUGGCCAGCCAGAGCUACCGCCCCCUGGAGGUGCCUGACGGCAAGCAUCCCCUGCCCUGGAGCAUGCACCAGACCAGCUCAGGCUACGGGCGGGAGAAGCCCAGUGCAGGUCUCCCCACCAAGGAGGUCAGUGCUGGGCCAGGGCUAGGAGAGGGAAGCCUUAGGAAUUUCUGGCCCUGCGAUGCCCCACCCCAGAAAGACUUGUGUCCAGGGUGCUGUAGUGGCCCACACAGGCCUCCUCAGAGCACAGAUAACCGAGGCGCCACUCCACUGCCACCGCAUGCCUUCGGGGCCCUGGUGGGCCCGCCAAUUCUUCCAACCUCUGUGUUCCAGGGCCCACGCUUCAUGACUUCGGAGUACAAUUCCAAGUAUCUCAGGGAGCCUCUAGACCAGCCAGAUUUCUUGCAGAAGAACUCGAUCGGCGCCAAGGAGGGGAGCAGCUUCACCAAACAGUCCCGCCAGAGCCCCAUUGUCUUCCAACCACCCUCACAGGCCCUCCCUGGGGACCCUGCCCUCCUCCCAGGCCAGAGUGUCACCAAGUCUGACUUCCUCCCCAAGACUCACCUGCAUGGAGAUGAGUCCCUACCUGUGUUGGCCAGAGGCUCCAAGCGGGAAACAGCCUUCAGCCGAGGGAAUGAAAGGAUUCUGAACCCCAGAGUGCCCCCUCCCUGCCCAGAACCCAGCAGCGUGAGCCACCAGCAGUUCCAGCCACUUCAUCGGAUGCAACAGACAAAUGUUGCCCUGCUUGGCCGGGAGACUGUGGGGAAAAAGGAGCCCACAGGGUUCAGCCUUAACAACCCUAUGUAUGUCCGGAGCCCCUGUGAUCCUGACAGGGAUCAGCGAUACCUGACCACCUACAACCAAGGGUACUUCGAGAACAUCCCCAAAGGUCUAGACCGGGAAGGCUGGACUCGAGGUGGCAUCCAGCCCCAGAUACCGGGAGGCUACGCCCUCAGCCAGCCAGUCAGCUGCAUGGAGGCCGCCCCCAACCCCACGGAGAGCCUGCGGCACCUGCACCCCCACGUGGGAAGAACCCUGACCUCAGCCGACCCCUUCUACCGGGACGCACCUCACAGCAGCCGCUUCAUGGCACACAGCUGAGCCCUGAGCCCUUGGUUUGUCAACCCUGGGGCACAGGAGCCAGGCUAUUGUCUGUACCCCCACUCGAUCCCCCAGGGGGGCACCCCCGCCCGGCUACUUUCCUAAUGAAAUAAACAGCAUUGAAGCAGA